GCUUACUGGCUGAAACGGUCACACUUACCUGCAUAACAAUUUUCCGCACAUUAUUCUUAAAAAACAAAACUCCAGCUUUUAAUGUUGCCCCGUAGUGUUGUAUGUGGAAUCCGCCGCCCCGCCAACUGGAGCCGCCACAUGUCAGUGGUGGCCAAGUCCCUAAAGUAUACUCAACAUGGCGAGCCACAAGAUGUUUUGCAGCUGGUGGAGGACACUCUUCCCGAUCCUAAGGACAACCAGGUGCUAGUCAAAAUCUUGGCGGCACCCAUUAACCCAGCGGACAUUAACACUAUCCAGGGCAAGUACCCAGUGAAGCCAAAGUUUCCAGCCGUUGGAGGCAACGAGUGUGUGGCCGAGGUCAUCUGCGUAGGCGACAAUGUUAGCGGCUUGGAGGCAGGCCAGCAUGUCAUUCCACUGGCCACCGGUCUGGGCACAUGGACCACGCAUGCCAUCUACAACAAGGACCAGCUACUGGCGGUAUCCAAAAAAGUGGGUUUAGCGGAGGCAGCCACCUCGACGGUGAAUCCCCCCACCGCCUACCGCAUGCUCAAGGACUUUGUGCAGCUCUCUCCUGGAGACACCGUCAUCCAAAACGGAGCUAAUAGCGCCGUUGGCCAGGCAGUGCAUCAGUUGUGCCGUGCCUGGGGCAUCAAUAGCAUAGGCAUUGUCCGAGAUCGGCCGGAGAUUGCCGAACUAAAGCAAAUGCUGCAGUGCCUAGGAGCCACAGAGAUCCUGACCGAGACCGAGAUCCGCACCAGUGACAUUUUCAAGUCUGGCAAGCUGAAGAAACCCCGACUGGCCUUCAACUGUGUGGGCGGUAAGAGUGCCACUGAGGUUUCGCGUCAUCUGGACAACGGCGGCGUGAUGGUCACAUAUGGCGGGAUGUCUCGCGAGCCCGUCACCGUGGCCACCGGACCCCUCAUCUUCAAGGACAUUGCAUUUAGGGGCUUUUGGAUGACGCGCUGGUCCAAGGAGAACUACAGUUCCGCCGAACGAUCGGAAAUGUUCAAAAACAUAUUCGAUCUGAUGGAGCAGGGAAAGUUUGUGGCCCCCAAGCAUGAGAUGGUGCCUUUGGAUAACUUUAAAGACGCUGCGGCUGCUGCACUGAGCUUUAAAGGAUUCACAGGCAAGAAGUACAUAUUGAACAUGAGCAUUUAG